CCUCGGUUCUCCCGGGGGCUCUGGGCCGUGUGUGGGAUGAGGGGCUCCCCGCAGCGGUUCCUGCGGGCCGGCCGAGCUGGGGCUCCAGGCUGAGCGCGGCUCCGGAGCUGUUCGCGGCUCAGCCGCCCACGGGAAGGUGUCUGCACAGGGAGCUCGGCUCCCCUGCAAGGACAGCCCUCGGGAGAUCGCGGUGUGCUCGGAAAAGUGGCUUUAUUGUGCAGUCCGGCAAGCGGCACUCACCCUGUUUCUAAAUUCAGACCUCUCAGCCUAAGAGCUACGUGCUCUCACAUACCGCUAAAAAAAGAAAAAAAUAAAGUAUUCCGUCUUUGACGCAAAAGUCUUUGGGCUUAAUAAUGGAAGAAGACAGUGUGGCUGAAAGCAGCAGAAUUGCAGCUCAAAUUUUAUCCCAGCAGCAUGCCUCUCAGUUCCUGCUGAGGAAACGCCGAGCAAACUCUUUCAUGGAAGAAAGUAAGAAGGGAAAUCUGGAAAGAGAAUGCAUUGAAGAAUUAUGCAAUAGGGAAGAAGCCAGGGAAAUCUUUGAAAAUAAUCCUGAAACUGAAUAUUUUUAUCCCAAAUAUUUAAGCUGCCUUGCCUCCCAUCGAGCAGGGGUGUUCAGGGUGGCUGCAGCCACUCCAGACUCUCCAGCUGACCUGAGGGCUUGUGUCAAGGAAAUUUCAAACCAGUGCAGCCCCCUGCCAUGCCAUAAAGAUGGAUAUAAGGAUUGCAUAGAUGGACAAGCCAAGUAUACCUGUGUCUGUAAAGCAGGGUGGAGAGGAGAGAACUGUGAGGAAGAUAUAAAUGAAUGUGAAGACUUCAAUGGAGGUUGCAGCCAACGCUGUUCCAAUUUCCCCGGGAGCUUCCGUUGCCUGUGUGAAGAUGGCUACUUCAUGCAUUCCAACAAAAGGGAUUGUGGAGAUAUAAAUGAAUGUGUGCUACAUCCAAACAUCUGUGGGACAGCCACCUGUAAAAACACCCAGGGGAGAUAUGAGUGUGAAUGUCCAGAAGGCUACACAUAUAAUUCAACUUCCAAGAACUGUGAAGAUGUUGAUGAAUGUGCUGAAAAUAUUUGUGCUCAACUCUGUGUGAACUCACCAGGAAGUUACAGCUGCUAUUGUGAUGGCAAGAAAGGGUUCAAGCUCUCUAAGGACAUGAAGAAUUGUGAGUCUGUUACUGAGUGUAUCCCACUGAAUCUUGAAAAGAAUUAUCAACUGCUUUACCUGGCAGAGCAAUUCAUAGGAAUUCCUGUUCUCUACUUAAAGUUCAAACUGCCAAAUGUCACAAGAUUUACAGCAGAGUUUGAUUUCCGGACGUACGACGCAGAGGGGGUGAUCCUGUAUGCAGAAUCCCUGGACAACUCAGCGUGGAUCUUGCUUGCUCUUAGGGAUGGGAAGAUUGAGAUUCAAUUCAAGAAUGAGUUUGGAACAAAAGUCACUAGUGGAGGCAAGGCCAUUAAUGAUGGACUGUGGCAUAUAGUAUCAGUUGAAGAAUUAGAACACAGCAUCAGUGUAAAAAUAGCUAAAGAGGCUGUGAUGAGUAUUAACAGCCCAGGAACUCUGUUUAAACAAUCCCAGGGUUUCUUGGAAACCAAGGUGUACAUUGCAGGAUUGCCUCGCAGAGUGGGCGGUGCUCUUGUUAAACAGAUUAACCCUCGUCUGGAUGGUUGUAUCCGGGCCUGGAACUUGAUGAACCAGGGACAUUCAGGAGUAAAUGAAGUUAUUCAAGAAAAACAAAGCAAACACUGUUUAGUAUCAGUGGGGAGAGGAUCCUUCUACCCUGGCACUGGAAUGGCAGCAUUCCAGAUAAACUAUAAUAAUCUUGACAGUGCUGAAGAUUGGCUAAUAAAUGUGACUCUGACUAUUCGCCCAUCCACAGACACUGGUGUUAUGUUUGCCUUGGUUUCUAAUGAAACAGUGCCUCUUGCCUUGUCCAUAGUGGACUCUAACUCCUCUGACUCACAGAAAAUCACUGUGACCAUUGGGAGCAUCAUUGUUGCACAGCUGGAAUCAAAGAAAUUAUGCACCCCCAGAAGAGUGCAGGUUGGACUUCUAGUGACCAAACAGGAGCUUGAACUGGCUGUUGAUUCACACACUGACAGAAGCAACUCCGAGCAACUCUCAACUCUGCAUCAAGCAAUGAUGGCAAAUGUUGUCACCUACCUGGGUGGCCUGCCAGAUGUUCCUCUGGGUGCAACACCAGUGACUGCUUUUUAUAAUGGCUGCAUGGAGGUGAAGGUCAACAACAGACAGCUGGAUCUGGAUGAAGCCAUUUCCAAACACAACGACAUCAGAUCUCACUCAUGCCCACUGAUCAUGCAGUAACUGUUCAGAUCCUAAUUUAACUCUUUUCUUUCAGAUGUAAUUUGUGUAAUUAGUCUCAUGCCAUAAUGGAGCUUGCAUUAUUUCAUGCAAGAUGUGCCAGGGAAAUAAGCAGCAGUAUGGUUUUCUCCCUUUCAAUAUAGAAUGGAGGGAAAAAACCCUCUCUGUUCAGCUGGAAAGAGACAAUCAAGAUCAAAAUUUUGUAAAACAUGCUUUUAUAUAUCAGUGGGAAAUCUUAAAGCUAGAUUUAUCUUUCGUGUUCAUGCUAUGUCCUUUGACAUAUUUAGCUUGGACAGAAAGUUUAGGAAUUUCUGUUGAGAAAGAAUUUUACAUCUUCUAUUUCGUAUAUCAGCACGAAGUUACAAGUUGCAAAUAAUUUUAAUGUAUUAGAAUCUAAAUGAAACCAGACCUACUAAACUUUUUCAAGCAUAACAUGCAAAGAAAAAUCUCUACAUUUUGUUUUGCAAUACAUGCUUUUGGUAAAGGAAAAAAUACCCUGGAAUCUAUAGCCCAAACUCUCUGUGAAUAUGUUUACAGGUUGUAUCUAUGGUGGUAAAGCAACUUCAAAAUGGAAGUGUUUCUUUAAGUAGCUCAGUUUUUGAAAACAGUUUUGGUAAUACUGGACCAGCUUUAAUUUGUCUGUCUUUAGAACGUAGCUUUAGAGUUUGAAAAGAGUUCUGGAUCAGGUCAGGUAAUUUACUUUAAAAGUGGGCUAAAAUACACCCCACGCAAUUUUGCAAAAGCAGAGGAAAUUGCUUGAAUUAAGGAGCUCUGCAUCACAGGACAUCAAUCUGGAAUUUGCUGAGUAAAACCAAGGAAUUGCAGCAAAUACUUCUUCCAUCAAACCUAGCACUGUUCAACAUAAGCACAGUCUGAUGAUCCAUCAUAUUCCCUUUAUUUAGGGUAACCUUGCCUUCAGAGAGCUCCAGAACAGGUUUAUUUGUGAGCCCUGCUGCCAUUGAAAGCCUGAAUUUUGCCAGUAACCUCAGAAUGUAAAGCCAUACUCUGCUCAGCCAACUUUAAUAAACCAACGGGUAAUUAGAAAAGUAUUGCUUUCCUCGGGUGUGCUGAUUUUGAGCAUUUCCAAUAUUCCUUUAACAUCCUUUGAGUGUUCUUUCCACUUCCAAGCUCAUUUUCACAGCACCAGAAGCCUCCCUGUGCAGCUCACCUGGUGGUUUUGUUAACCCCAAACCAAAUAAAUUGCAAGAGAAUUGCUGUGAGGUAAAAAUAUAUCCUCUCAUCCAUCAAGCAGAGACAUUUAUCUGCCAGCAUUGCUGACCCCAGCUCUGCUGUCCUCACUUCAGACACUGAAGUGGAAGUGGAUGUCCAGAAGGAUGGAUUGUGACAAUAUUCAUUUGGAGAACUGCCUUUCUCCAGGGAUAUUCUGAGUGACAUCAGGGAGGUUUCUUCCAGUGUUAAAUGCAAGGGUUAGCGCAGAUCUGAGCCCCUCUCUCAGUGUUAUUACUGCGCUUUGGCUGAACUUUUUGGUAACCUCACUUCCCACUUGGGUAGUGCAAUGCAGGAUUUGCUCCCAGCUUUCACCCAGUACAGCCCAGCAAGAAGCUGACACCCAGGGGCUCAUUGCCAUUAAUACAAGGUCAUUUUUCUAGGAUGGCGUGGAAAACAAGCUUGGAAUUCUGACUCCAUGGAGGGGAAAUCCUUUCCUGCAGUCACCCUUCCCUGCUCUUCCACCAUACCAGCACACACCCUCUGCGUGCAGGUGUUAGUUGGAGAAUAACUUGACUGAAACAAGCAGGUUUUGAUGCAAGGCAGAGCUGAAUUGAAACUUUUGACAUCAAAUGAACACAUGAUCACUUUAUUUAUGAUAUCUCUGUGGCAUCCAUUAAUCUUGGAAAGCCCCUGGGUCAGAUUCUGCCUCAUACAACAAGUACAGAAAGUAAUAGAUGAGGAACACAAAAGCAAAGUGUCAUCAAUGUUCUUCUGGCCUGCAGGAACAGAAGAAAAAGUUUUUUUGCUGUUGUUUUCUAGAGAUUUUUUUAGGUUUUGUUUGUUUAAAUGUAAUAAAUUGUAUAGAAAUGAAAGGAAAAACCAAUCGCUUUGUCACACAGACACUAUUUCUCUUUGUUUUCAUGGAAUAAUACUUUAAGGUUUUGUAGUUAAUAAUGAAACCUCUGCACUUCUUUUUUAAUGUAAAAGUGCCUCCCUAUUGUAAGAAUUAAAUAAAGCAGCAUUUGCAAGUUUCUUUUCAUUU